UAGUGCGAGUGCGACCGGCCGCCGGCGCAACUCCGUGUUGAUCAAAUAAUGUGCAUGUUUACAAAACAUCGCGGCUCACACACACACCAUACAAUCAGCAGUGCCGCGGUGCGAGGGCGAUGGGCGACUUUCGUGUGAAUGGGGCGUUUGUGUUAUGUUGCCUACUGUUCACUACUAUUGUAAAGCCAGUGCUCAAUACAGGAUUCGGGAAAUGUCCCGUCUACCCGCAAUUGCCGAAUUUCGAUAUCGCCCGGAUGGCGGGCACCUGGUUCGAAGUGGAGCGUUCGUUCUACAUCAUGGAGCUUUCUGCGAGUUGCACAGAGCUCAACCUGGCCAUCGACGAGAGGGGGUAUCUCUUAAUCACAAUCAACACUGUUAACAGGUGGCUAGGCAGCCCUUCUACAACAUAUGGACUAGGCAUUCCGAGCCACAACGGGUCGUCGUUGUUCCGCUACAAGGUCAAUAAUCGCAUGCCGUACAUAAUCGGGCGGCUGCUGCCGGGCGCGGGACUCUAUAAUAUCCUAUUCACAGAUUACGAUAAAUUCGCGAUCAUCUGGUCCUGUACUAGUGUCAGCGUCGCGCAUUCAGACCGCAUUUGGAUACUGGGUCGCGAGCGUGAGAUCCAAGCGGAACUGCGCGCGCAGAUCUACGCGCUGAUGAUGGAACUGCGCCUGGACCCAGACCGCCUCAUCAUCUCCAAGAACUACAACUGUUCCGCCGCGGAACUGCCCGGAAUAAACUAGAUAAUCUCUAAACACACUUUCAUUUUCAGUUACCACAAACCUUCUAACAUCGCACAGGUAGAAUUUUAUCAUUAUGGUGUAUCUAUAAAAGUAUAAUAGUUAUAAGACAGAAUGUCUGUGACGAUAUUAUCAAUAUUAAAUACGCCACGAAACAAUUCCUGCCGUGUGGCUUACUGAUAUGGGCAUAUACAUUAUCGUGAUUUUAUUUGUCAAUAAACAUUUUUACAACGCAUAUCAUAUCUGCAUUAGUUGUUAAACAUAACUUAAUUUAAUCGUAAAAAGAAAACCAAACAUUUACUUUAUCAAACUUUCUAUUUUUUGGAAAAAUAUUUU